AUGAACACGAUCUCCACCCAAGAAUUCGCCUCCCGUUUCCUCGCUGCCCAGCAAGGAGACAUGCAAGCCCAGUAUUUAAUGGGCACUUGCUUCGAGUUCGGCAAACAUGUCGAACAAAACUACCGUACAGCUGCAGCAUAUUAUCAAAUGGCUGCAGCACAAGGCCAUCUCAUGGCCCAAUUUACCCUGGCCGCCUUUUAUUAUAGAGGGAAAGGCAUAGAAAAAAACUAUCGGAAGGCCUUCGACCUGUACCAGACGACGGCCAAUAAAGGCCUUACAGUGGGGAUUCGCAACCUGGCGAUUUGUUUUUAUAACGGGAUCGACGUGGUGCCCAAUAGAGUGGAGGCAUUCAGAUUAUGCCAAAUCGCGGCUGGUCGGGGUGAAGCGUACUCUCAAUAUAGUCUUGGCCUAUUUUAUUUGAAGGGGGAGAUUGUUGGUCAAGACUAUGCAAAAGCUCGCGAGCUUUUCGAAAAGGCGGCCCGAAGGGGGUAUGCUCCGGCACAAUUGGAGCUUCGAAAUCUCAGUUUGGGGUUGUUGGGGAUGAAUAAUGGGGUUGGGAAUGCUUAA